AUGUGUUUACAAAACUUUCUUCAAAGAUUCUGGUGCGAAGCGAAAGAACCAACGGAUCACAGUUUUGAAGCGCUCGAUUAUCACAAGCGGAAUUGCAUAAGAAAUGUUAAUACAGCAAUAUUUUCAGAAACUUCUCAAUAUUACAUGAUUAAUUUCAAAAACUUCAGCGUUAAAAUGGCUCGAAAUGUUUGA